AUGCCUCUAGUAACAUUUCGUUCGUUGCGUACGGAUUGCACUGAACGAAAGGCUCGGAGAUUGAGUAAUUGCAGAAGGUUGAAAACUUUUAAAUAUUUUGGAAACGAAUCUAUCAAGCAUUUCUUCGAUGUAAAUGAAAGAGACAAAGCUGCAGGUGAUUGUUUUGCUGCAAAUGAUGAAAGAUACAUAGAAGGUCAAUUGAAGAAACAUCAGGUGGAAAGUGAAGCAAUGGAGGAAUGUAUGGCUGAUGGGGAGUGGAGUGAGGAGUCUGAGUCUGAUGAGUCUAAUACAGCAUUUGAUUCCCAAGCAGAGAAUACCCUGAAUGAUCUCACUACCCCUGAAACCAGCCCAGAGUCUGCUAAACAACAUGCAAAGUCAAGAAAACUUACUAGUGAGAAUGCAGGAUCAUCUAAACCAACCAAUUCUACAUAUAGGUUAACCAAACAAAACAAAGCAAAUAGCUCACUGACCAAUCAAAAUGGAAUUACUUCAAAAUUGGCCAUUCAGAAUGGAGUUGACUCUCAAUCAUCCAACCAGAAUGAAGGAAGGAAUCACAUUGAUGGUGUAGAUUCUAUAUUAGACAGGAUAGAUGAAGAGCUGUACUGUCUCAUAGGAACUGAACCUGUACAGGAGGCUCCCUUAAAAAUUAGCAAGCCAGUCAAGGUUAAGAAAAACGUUGCAUUGUCUAAAACAGAUAAGGACAGGUUGAAAUCACUUGGAGUUGAGUUUGAUACUGGAGACAAAAAGAAAACUAAAAAAUGGCCAACAUUCCAACCAGGGAAUGCCAAAAGUCCUACUGAAACAGAAGGUAAAGAAACAGGACUGGCCAGGAUGCAAGAAGAAGAUCUCAAUGAAGCCGGCCAACAAAUCAAAGCACUAACAAAAGAUAAGAAGAGACUAAGCAAUGAUGGACCAUCGGAGAACCCCAGUGAAGAUGAAACUAUAGAAGGGGAAGAUGAGGAGGAAAACCACAGUGAUCUAGAUUCUGUGGCCGCUGAACUGCUGGAGGAAAAAUUCAUUGAAAUUAUGAAUAAAAAACAAGGUGGCUACCUUAGGGACUUCAAGGCUAAGACUCCAGUUGAUCUAGAGUCAGUGCGAACUGAGGACUUUGAGGCGCAGUUUAAAGACCAUAUGUUUCCUUCCAUUAAAAAUAGGGAUAAACUACAUGCUAACCUUAGACUAAAGAGGAAAGACAGUGAUAUUGACUCCAUUCCUACAGAGGACUUGGAGAAAGCCUACAGAGCAUCAAUGAUCUCACACAUAUUAGCACAUAAUACUCACGCCACAGAACUAUCUCCACUUGCAAGGAGACUUCUCCGGAAGGCAGAAACAGAGUCUAUAAAAACAGAAGAUUUUGGUAGGAAAUUUCGUCAAGAGCUUAUACCAAAAGUCAAAGGUGGCAUCACACCACGAUCUCAGAAAACAGAUUUUGAUCUAGAGUCCAUCCAAACUGAAGAUUUUGAGCAGAAAUUCAAAGAAUGUCUACUUCGAAACAAUAAUAAUAAAAAUACAGAAAAAUAUGUAAAACAGCAGAAAAAGUUGAAGCGUACUGCCAUACCUGAACAUGUUCGGGGAAGAAAAAAGAAGAAUAAAUCUGGGAACAUAAGUGAUCCUGAUUCAGUAAAAACGGAGGAUUUUGAGCGAGAUUUCCAUGGAUUAAUGGUGAAACAGGUUGCUGGUGUGCCAAUUACAAGCUUUGACAAACAGGCUGUUGACAGUGAUGUUGACACUGUUAAAUCGAUGCUAGUUCAUAACAAACUACAUUCAGUCUUGGCUAAGCCUACAUCCCAUAAUGUGCCAGAAACCAUGGAGAAUGAAAGUGAGGCUAGUAGCGGAGAAGAGGUGACUCAACUUGACACGAUUACUCAAAAGCUAAAACAUUUGCUCAAUAAAAAAGAUGGUGUUAACAGUUUGGAUUCUGAUAUCAAAUCCAUUGAAGCAAGACAUGCAUCACCCAUUAGAUUAAAUGGCUCUGAAAUUCGAUAUAGCCAAGGUCAUCCCACCAAACCCACAAGACAUAAUAUACACACCUGCAAGUAUGCCAAUGGUGACACUACAGAUGGUGGAGUGGAAUCAGAAUCAGAAUAUUUCUCUGAUACAGCAGAAAUUCAGCGAGAGACGGAAAAAAUACAACGUGAAAUGGAAAUGGAACGUAAAAAGAAACUGGCAUCUACUCCAAAAAUUAUUUCAUCUAACCUAGGUGCUAGAAGUGUCAGCAGUCCAGAUGUUUCUAUGAUAAAGUCCACUAAGUCUGAGGAAAGAUCACAUCCAACAUUACCAGAGGAGAGAUCUCGGAGCACAUUAUCUGAAGAAAGAUUGCGAGUCACAUUAUCACCCCCAAGACUCAAUAAUAGUAAAACAGGCUCAUCCCACUCAGGUCAAUCUCUCACCAGUAAGAUGAAGGCUAGGUCAUUAUCCAUUGCUGCAAUAACAACCAAUGAACUCAGGGAUCUUGAACAACAAGUCCAAGUUAACAGAGAAGAGAAAUUGUCAACAGAAAGAGAACUGAAGACACUUCAAGAAUCUGUUAAGAAGACAGAAUCAGAUGUCAGACUAGCCGAGAUGCAAACAAAGGAAAAUCGAGCCAAAGCAGAAGACACUAGGACCCAAUUGAUGCUGGUUGAGUUCAAACGUGACAAUGUCUUAAAGGAGUUGGAGCAGGUCACAGAUGAGCUUUGUAACAAAAGAAAGAUGCUGCGUGAUGUAGAUAACCAAGCUCGUGAAAAAAGAGAGACUAUCGAACAGUUUGAUGCAUUUGGUAUCACAAAAGAACAGGUGCAGAGACUUAACGCAGAGAAAGAACAAAUUGAAAGUGAACGUGAUCAACUAGAGACAAAGGUCAGACAAUUACAGAGCACAGUGGCUGAGAGACGUGAACUUGAACACCAGUUAGCAACCACAAAGGAAGAUCUAUUUUCAGAACAGAAACGCAGUAGAGAAAGACAGGAAGCAUUAGAAGAGGAGUUGGAGAACAGUGUCCACAGACUAGAAGACUUACAGAGGGAUAAACUCCAGGCUUUGUCCCACCUUGAGCUAAUAGAACGGAAGUACAUUGAGCAGGAUAGGAUACGGGAUGAGGCACUGAAGGAGAAAGAUUUACAGUUUGACGCAAUGAAGUCUCAUUUCCAAGAUGAGAUAAUUGACUUAAAGAAGAAAUAUACCAUAGAAGACAAUGAACUGAAGAAUGAAGUAAAAGCAUUGAGUGAUAAGAUAAACGCACUGCAGGCUGAAGUGAAUAAAAAAGACUUAACAAACCUUGAGUUAAGAGAACAAGUGAUAGAACUAGAGCAUGAAAUUAGUCAGCACCAGGAGGUAAAAGAAAGUAUAAUAGAUGAUAGCAGACUCAAACUGGAAAUGCUUAGGAAAGAAAGGGAGGAGGAAGUAAGAAGGUUACAACAGCAAGCCGCUGUAGAGCAGGAGAGACAUUUGGAAGAACUACGACAGAAAUACGACAGGGAGCGAGAGAACAGGAUUCAAGGGCACGCUGAUGAACUGGCUGCUGAGGCACAGACACACAAGAGACUAAUUGAGGCAAAAGAGGAGGAACUCCAAAUGUUGUAUGAGCAGAUACGCCAAGAGAGGGAGGAUGCGCGGGAAACAGAACAACGCCUUAAAGAGGAUGCAGAAGUAAAGUUACAAACAGCAGUUGCGAAAGAACGCCAGAUGCUCGAAGAAGAAAAAAUAAAACAAUUCCGAGCUGAGUUGAGUAAUAAAGAUGAAGAUCAAAAGAGGGCCCUAGCAAAAUCGAUGUCAAGUUUAAAUGCUGAGAGAAAGUUGAACGAAGAAAUGCAAAAACAAAUAAUUAUGCUGAAACAGGAACUGGAAGAGUCUCGGCAACAAAAACGUCAAGCUCUUCAAGAAAAGAUGGCUGCAAUUAGUCAUGGGAAAGAAAUUGAAAGAGAGGCUGCACACGAGAUGAAAGAUUCUUUAAGAGAAAAAGAGAUGAAGGAACAAGAUAUUGAAAGGUUAAGAGAGACAAUUAGGGACCAAGAUGCCAAAAUCCAAGAACUCCAACAUCAGGUGACCACCUCUGCCCGGAUAAGUUCCAUAGAUCGCCAGGAAAGGGCAAUUGUGCAGGAGUUGAAUGAGGAAUGUCGUAAAAACGCCAGUAUUCUAGGGAUUUCUCCUCGAAAAGUUAGUAUUAGUAGUUACCAUAGAGACACAGAUAGUGAUUCUCCGAUAAAAUCAUCAAUGAAAAGUCCACUACAUAAACGUAGACUCUCAGGCACCCCUGCAGCUCAGGCUUUGAUUAAUGUUAAAGCCACUAGUCAAGAACUGCGUAAAUUUGUAACUGAGCUGAGAGAUGAGAUAGAUGCAUUGAAACAUGCAGUUCAACAUGGCACCAAAGAUAAGGGCUUAGACAUUGAUGCAAUGAAGGAAAAAUGGCAAGAAGCAAAGAUGCGAGACAUGGAAGAGUUGAAACAAAGACUUGUACAGGAACAUGCAAGUGAUUUGAAUGAACUCUAUAAUGUAGUGAAGCAAGAAAUACGUCUGAAAGAGCGUAAGAAAGUUGAUCGAGAGAUGGACAGAAGGACCAAAGACCAGGCAAUGGAGAUAGAUGAACUCAAGUCUGAAGUCUUAAGACUGUCUUCCUCAGCUAGUAGCUCAGUUUCCAGCCCAUCCACUUCAUUGGCAGACGAUUCUAGCACAAUCAAACUGUUACGCCACCUACAAGGCAGGGUGAGACUACUCAGGACAGAGAACACAAGUCUAAAACAAAUGUCAUCAUCAGAUGUCACUACUAGUAACUCUAUAAAUGAUUCCUUACAGCAUUACAAUGAUAGUACUACCAAGAACAUGGAAAUGCGGGUAAGCCAGGCAGAAUUACGGGCCUCACAGGCUGAGGAAAGAGCAGACCGUAAUCAGCUGCUUCUUACAUCUAAGAUGGUGGAAAUGUCAAAACUUCAAAAUGCACUUACUACUCAAACUAAGGAGUUAAUGCAGCUUCAGAGGUCAUCAUCACAAAUAAAUUCUAGAUCAUCGUCAAGAAGUUCAAACCCUAUGAGUGUGCCAAGACCCUUUAAAGGAUUACGUCAAGUUUCCCGGACAAAAACAAUAUGGCGAGUCAACUGGAUCAGUCCAUUUUUAAGAAAUAGGGGAGUUUUGUAA